AUGAAUCGUGGAGUUCUUCUUGCGUUACUCCUAAUUAUCGCUGUAGUUUCUGUGGAAAGCGGUUUUGGAAGAAGUUUAAGGAAACGUCUGAAAAGAAUUGGCAAACCAUUUGAAAGGGCCGCAAAGAGGGUUGCCGAAGCUUCGGCUGCAGGCUGGAUAGGAAAAGCAGCUGCGAGCAUUGUCGGAAGGCGUAAAAGGUCUGAAGACGAGGGAGCGUAUCGGAAACUUACGGGAGAGUCGCUGAACGAUGGGAACCAGUGGAACCGUAAGUACUAA